CGUCUCAUACGGUUAUCAAUUUUCUAUAAAUUAAGUGCAAAUUUACAAUAACAAUUAGUGUAGAAUGUUUUAUAGACGAGUGGCACUUUUUUCGAAGAGAAAAGUUCUGCGGCACCUUGCGUUUUACUCUACCGCAAAGCCUCGUCGAGUUAUAGCGAUCCGCAGAGAAGACCAGUCAGUAUGGGAGCGAAGAGCACCGUUCUCACCCUCAAAUGUCAAUCGGCUAGUAAGAAAUGGCGUACGAGUUAUUGUACAACCUUCAAACAGAAGAGCUUAUCCCAUGCAGUCGUACAUAAAUGCUGGUGCAAUUAUUCAAGAAGACAUAAGCGAAGCUAGCGUUAUAUUUGGUGUCAAGCAAACCCCUAUUGAUCUCCUCAUUCCCAACAAGACCUAUUGCUUCUUUUCGCAUACGAUCAAGGCACAGGAAGCGAAUAUGCCAAUGUUGGAUGCUAUAUUAGCAAAAAACAUUCGCCUCAUUGACUUCGAGAAAUUGAUGGACGAUGCCGGUAAUAGAGUGGUUGCGUUCGGAAAAUACGCAGGUGUAGCUGGCAUGAUCAACAUCUUGCAUGGACUAGGACUUAGACUCCUUGCAUUGGGACAUCACACACCUUUUAUGCACGUCGGACCAGCACACAACUACCGCAAUUCAAGUAUGGCGCGUCAAGUAAUUCGCGAUGCAGGCUACGAAGUCGCUCUGGGAAUGAUGCCGAAAUCUUUGGGCCCUCUCACGUUCGUAUUCACCGGCUCAGGAAAUGUUUCUCAGGGUAGUCAAGAAAUAUUUCAAGAAUUGCCUCACGAAUAUGUCCCUCCAGAAAUGUUAAGGAAGGUCGCUGAACAUGGCAGUCCGAACAAAAUUUACGGAUGCGAGGUGCGGCGACGUCACCACCUUGUCAGAAAGAAUGGCGGUGGAUACGACCCGGUGGAGUAUGAGGAGCACCCUGAACGAUACAUCUCUACUUUUGCACAAACGAUAGCUCCAUACACAUCAGUACUGGUGAACUGCAUUUACUGGGCGGUGGACAGUCCGAAAUUGCUGACAAUACCUGACGCCAAACACCUGCUGAUGCCGUCGCACACACCAUGGCUGCCGAUAAGCAUCGGUGCGCCGGCUCUACCACAUCGAAUGCUGGCAAUCUGCGACAUUUCGGCGGACCCCGGGGGUUCAAUUGAGUUUAUGAAUGAAUGUACCACUAUCGAUACUCCAUUCUGCCUCUACGAUGCUGAUAGGAACAAGGACACCAAAAGUUUCAAAGGACCUGGCGUAUUGGUCUGUUCAAUCGACAACAUGCCGACGCAGCUGCCUCGGGAAUCUACCGACUUCUUUGGCGAUCUCCUUUAUCCUUACGCUGAAGAUAUAAUGAGCUCUGACGCUACAAGACCUCUCGAAGAACAUAACUUAUCACCCGUUGUUCAAGGAGCAAUUAUAACAAGUAAUGGGAAACUAACGCCAUCCUUUGAAUAUAUCAAUGAACUACGAAUGGCUAACCAUCGCUCCCGACAUAAAGUGGAAGGCCAUGAUCAACAAACUUCGGUCGUGAUUCUUGGAAGCGGAUUAGUCUCCGCACCUGUGGUCGAAUAUCUCGCCAGAGACAAAAAUGUCGCUAUAACUAUUGCAUCACAGGUAAAAGAAGAAGCGGACUCCCUGGCCGAACGCUAUGGCGUACGCUCCGAAUAUCUUCAAGCAAAUGACAACAAUGCUCUCAGAGAACUUGCAUCUAAAUCUCGCCUUGUUAUAUCUCUCCUGCCAUACGAUCUCCACGGUGCGGUGGCAAGAGCUUGUGUAAGUUCUGGGGCUCAUAUGGUGACCGCUUCUUAUGUACGUCCUGAAGUACAGGAACUUCAUGAUGCUGCCAAAGAUGCUGGAAUAACUUUACUGAAUGAAGUUGGCUUAGAUCCGGGUAUCGACCACUUGCUUGCCCUGGAAUGUAUUCAUGAUGUACAAAAUCACGGAGGAAGAAUUGACUCUUUCGUUUCAUAUUGUGGAGGAUUACCUGCACCAGAAUUUAGUGACAAUGCAUUAAGGUAUAAGUUUUCGUGGAGUCCGAAAGGAGUUUUAUUAAAUACAAUUUCUGGAGCUAAAUACCUCAGCAAAGGACAAGUUGUGGAGGUUCUCAGUGGUGGAGAGUUGAUGUCAGUAGCACGAGACUUAGACUUUCUGCCCGGUUUUGCAUUCGAAGGAUUCCCCAACAGAGACAGUACAAAAUACUCCUCCCUUUAUGGCAUAGAGGAUGCUCAUACAAUGUUCAGAGGAACUCUUAGAUACAAAGGUUUUGCAGAAACUAUGAAGGCUAUGCAACUGUUUGGCUACGUUGAUCCAAAUCCCCAUCCCUCUUUACAUCCAGAAGGACCGCAAAUAACUUGGCGACAAUUCGCCUGCGAGCUUCUUGGACUGAUGGAUCCUUCAAUCUUUUACGAGAAUCUAAGAACCCGUCUUGCAGAACGUAUUGGAAGCACGGGAGCACAGGCGAUUGAGUCUCUCGGAUUCCUAAGCGAUGAGCCUAUAAUUAAAUGUGGUUCACCGCUGGAUACAAUCAGCCUUUAUCUUACGAAGCGUCUGCAGUUUGAAAAAGAUGAAACCGAUUUCGUAGCCCUUAGGCACGAAAUUGGAGUAACGUGGAGUGAUGGGAAAAAGGAACGCCGUGAGGUGACUAUGACGCUAAGAGGCGACCCUGCAACGCAUUCCGCUAUGGCGAGGACCGUAGGACUGCCCACCGCCAUCGCUGCUAAAAUGGUGCUUGAUGGUGAAAUCCAGCAGCGUGGAGUAGUUCUGCCAUUUGCCCCUGUGGUUUACAAAUCAUUGCUAUCUAGGCUACGAGCAGAAGGUAUCACCGCUAAAGAGUUCUGCAGGCCUCUUAAUUGAAAUAAUAAAUUUUUAAUGAUAUUUAAUUAUGUAACCAUUACUUCUGUAAAACUGACAAGCUAAGUAGGCCCGUUCGGUUAUUUUAUAAAUGUUAUACUUAUUUUAAAACACAAAUUAUUAUUGUAAAUAUUAUCUAUCAACUAAAACUUUGUAUAGUUAGUAAUAUAUUUUAAUAAUUAUGUAACUA